UUUAUCAACGCCUGCUUGCAGAUCCCACUUUCACUGAAACGCCAAAGAAAUCAUGGGACACUCCAACGUAUGGAAUUCUCACCCCAAGAACUACGGCCCUGGCUCCCGCGCCUGUUGUGUGUGCGGGAAUCCCCAUGGGUUGAUCCGGAAGUAUGGGCUCAUGCGUUGCAGACAGUGCUUCCGUAGCAACGCCAAGGAAAUUGGCUUCAUUAAGGUAAUGAUCUCUUUUUCAGCUGGUCAAGUAUACUUUACAGCAUAUUAGGUUCUGAUUGUUUUCUAAUCUGAUCUCUCAAUUGGGGUAAACCAUAUCCUCAAUGUGCUUUUUUGCCUUGCUGUACCGCUGAAGGGUUUUUUCAAUUGUCUGUCCCACAAGAACAGAUGCUUUGCCUGAACCACGUUCUGAUUGUUCGUUCUAAGAAAUUUUUAUUUCUGUUUAGUUUAUCUAAUAUGGAACUUGAUUUGAAUGCCGAAAUUGGAAUAUUUUUGCCUUAAAUAUUUGAAGUUCAAUUAUAAUUUAUUAUCUUC